UCAGUGAUUAGUUGUUUUGCGUUCCCAUGGUAACAUAUUAUUACGAAUUCAUGUUGUCAUGGUAACUUUAUAGACAACAUAACAUUCAAAAGUCAAGUUAAGUCAAUUCAAUUUUAAAUUUUCUAAAAAGAAAAACCAUCUUGAGCUCUAGAGUACCUAAUAUAUAUCUUGAUCUUGAGUGUGUGUUCAUUUUAACCAUGAUUCUCAGCCGAUCCAAACCAGCGGGUGAUAGUCGAGGAAGCGGCAGUAGUUCUGCAAAGAAAACGUUUCCUGAACUCGAAGACUUCAUUCUCAAAAGGGAUUAUGUUGGAGCUAUCACUAUGCUUGAGUUCCUCAAACACGAAGGCAACGUAGACGUGUGGGUGUCUGUAUGGACUGCAUGGUGCUGGUUCCACUUGGGAGAGUACAAGCGAGCACUGGACGAAUAUCUUGAAGUGAAGGCGAGAGAUAAACUCGACGCGCGUGUUUCUGACAAUAUUGCUCUGGAUCUUGCUGUGUGUUACUUCUAUUUAGGCAUGUACAAAGAAUCGCAGGAUACCGUGGAAGAAGCACCCAAGUGUCCACUUAAGUGUCGCCUGCAGUUCCACUUGGCACAUAAGCUAGGCGACGAGGAAGCCCUGAUGCUCGCGCACGCAACAUUGCGCGACGUGCCAGAAGACCAGCUCAGCCUGGCCUCUGUGCACUAUCUACGCGCUCAUUACCAGGAGGCCAUUGACGUUUAUAAGAAAUUACUUUUGGAGAGACGUUACAAGAGAUAUGAAAACAAUGAUAUGGAUUGGUUGAAAGUUUUGUCGCACAUUCCUAGCACAUACAUGGCUUUGAAUGUCUACGUAGCACUAUGCUACUACAAAUUGGACUACUACGAUGUAUCUCAAGAAGUUCUGGGUGUGUAUCUAGCGCAGCACCCUACUUCGACAGUUGCUGGGAACUUGAAAGCAUGCAAUCUCUUCCGGUUAUAUAAUGGAAAGGCGGCUGAAAAUGAACUGAAACAAAUAUCCUCGGACCAGCAUACGUUUGGACAGGACUUGGUCAAGCAUAAUCUAGUUGUAUUCAGAAAUGGGGAGGGAGCUUUAAAAGUGCUUCCAGAGUUAGUCGACGUGGUACCAGAAGCCCGCUUGAACCUGGCUGGCUAUAGGCUAAGGCAUCGUGAACCUUUAGAAGCUCGUGCGUUGCUGGAACCUCUUCAACCUACGUCACCGUUGCACUACAUACUCAGAGCUGUGGUGGCUGUACGGCUUUAUAAUGAGACUGGGGAUGAGGAACAAAUGAAGCUGGCUCAGCAGAGUUUCCACCUGGUCGGCAGUUCGGCUUCAGAGUGCGACACCAUCCCAGGACGACAGUGCAUGGCCUCCUCCUACUUUCUGGCAGGGCAGUUCGAGGAAGUGUUGGUCUACCUCAAUUCUAUCAAGAGCUUCUUUGUCAACGAUGACACUUUCAACUUCAACUACGCUCAGGCAAAGGUGGCUACAGGCUUCUACCGCGAGGCUGAAGAAUGUCUCCUGAGCAUCCAGGACGAGGACAUGCGCUCCUGCUUCACCUACCUGGCCUGCCUCUGUCGCUGUCAGGUUAUGAACAAGGAAGCUCACCACGCUUGGGAGAUUUGCGUCAAGUCCGCAGGAACGCCUGACAGCUUCGCGCUGUUACAGCUGGUGGCCAACGACAGUUAUCGUAUGGGACAAUUCCUGGUGGCUGCCAAAGCCUUUCACAUGCUCGACAGACUCGACGGCGGUCCAGAGAUGUGGGAAGGCCUCCGCGGGGCAGUGUGUGGUUGCGCCCAGCUGGCGGCCGCGAACGCUCCCAACGCUGCGGUGCAGUUGCGCGAGGCGCUGGCCUUGCUGCGCGGGCCGGGGGCGCACCCGCGCGCUGAGCAUAUAGCGCGGCCCAUCGCGCGGUGGGCGCAGCAGAAUAGGAUACAAGUGUAAACGUAUUAUAUAUUUUCUUAUUAAAAUAAAUA